UCAGGCUCUAGUGAAUCAGACUCUAAUGAAUCAGGCUCUUCAGGCUCUAAUGAAUCAGGCUCUAAUGAAUCAGGUUCUGGUGAAUCAGGCUCUAAUGAAUCAGGCUCU